AUGCCAGAGUGUCGACGACCAUUCGCCCGUCAAGAUGCUCUUACCCGCCAUGAGAAGCUCCAUGCUCGUGCCAUGAAUGCAAAACCUGGCUCAGAAACUCACAUGCCACGGCCUUCUGUUGACUCGCUUGCUUCAUGGGACACGAGCAGUGCUUCUACGGCUGAUCCGGCUACAUCGGCGACGAGUCAGUCGUGGGAUGGGACCCAUUCCGGUGCUGGCAUGCAUGUCGCUUCGGAAUUGGACUUUGCGUUGGUCUGGCCUGAUUCGGAGAGUCUCUUUCAGAGCUUGAUGUCCUCCGAUACGACGGACCAGUGGCAAAUGCCUCUUGGGACCUUGCCCUUUCCACCGGUGGUGCAGGAUGUCAAUGCUAUGAGCUUCGGUUCGCCAAUUUCUUUCGAUGAUCGGAGCUCUUCUGUUGGUGCUAUCCCAGUUGGCGGGGGACAUCAAGCGGUGCGAGAUGUUACGGAGAUGGUGACGAGCUCGUCCUCGAGCGUCACCGCUGCAGUCAAAGCUACAUCCAUAACAUCAGUAUUCCUCGACGAAUGCCUCCAUAUGUUCUUUGUUCGCUUCAUUCCCACAUUUCCAAUUUUGCAUCGUGCCACAUUUGUGUUUAAAGAAUGCACACAUGCUCUCCUACUCAAUGCAAUUGCCAUCGGCUCUUUGUAUUUGGGCCCCAAGGAUUCGGUCGCCAAAGGUGAAGCGCUCUGGCGGCUCGCACACACAGCAGUGGCCACGUCAUGGCAGUCUCUGAUCACCCAUAACGGCCCAUACGAUGCCUGCAAAGGUGUUCAAUUAAUGAUGACCGCUCUGCUUGGCCAAAUAUACGGAGCUUUGUCAAAGAAUCGGGCAAUCAGAACCACCAGCCAGGUCUUCCGCCCACUGGGCUUCUUCUGGGCCAGACAUUGUGGCAUGUACGACAGCGCACCAUACUCAAUGGACAAUCUCCCAUCAAUGGACGCUCCGGCUGCCGAAAAAGAACACCAAUGGCGGAUCUGGUCGGCACGGGAGAUUCAACAACGUGCCCUGCUAGCAUACUACAUCUUGGACGGUCUAGUCGCCCAGAUGUCCGGCGAUGCCGCUUCCGCCAGACACGUAGCAAACCCCCUAAACCUCCCAAGCAGCGAAGAAGCCUUCUAUGCCAACACAGCCGAUGAAUGGCUAUCCCACAUCCACCCCCAAAAGCAAGAUCAGUCCUCCUUCCGCGCCAUCUUCCGCUCCCUCUUCCCACCAGUUGGCAGUUUCCGUCCUUUAGAUUACCAAUUCUCACCCUUCGCACUCCGCGUCGUUCUAGAGGGCCUCCAAUCCCUAAUCUCAGACUGUGACGAAAAUGAACUCGCCGUUGGCGUCCCGGGCCAAUCAGACGUUCGUCGGGCCCUAGCCCAAGUCCACGAAACAAUCACGAUGAGCAUCCACUUCACAGCGGCUGAAAGACUCGAAAUUCUUCUCCGCUGGCACACGAUCUGCCUAGACACGAUGAUCAACUCGACCGUUCUCUCACGAUACGUCUGUCUACGCUAUAAUAUCCCUCAACACGUCUCGGGAGGCUGUCGAACCGUCCGUCCAGGCUUUGAUCUAGCAAAAUGGGCAACCUCAGAAGAUGCUCGCCGCGCCGUCCUCCACGCCGUCGCAAUCCAAGAUAUCGUCGAGCAAUUACCGCGCGGCCGAGCACAUGUCGUGCACAUGCCCAGUUCGCUCUUUGCAGCCGCGACGAUUUACGUGGUUCUCUCGCUUGCAGGUGUUGCGACAGUUAGUCUGCCGAGAAAUAUCGUGUGGCAAGACGCGCUGCUCUCGUAUUCGGAUAUGAAUCUUGGGCAUGAUGAUAUGAGACCUUCGUCUGGAUCGGAGACGAGACGGUUUGUUCAAUGUAGUGGGGAUUCUGCGCUUCCCCUGCGGGGCGGUGCAGUCAGGAAUCUGCUUUAUGAGUUGAACUCUAUGCAGAAGCUUUUUAAGUGCUUGUCUUCCCAGUGGGGGAUUGCGCAUGAUAUGGAGGAUAUUAUUGCGCAGUGGAUUCAGUUGUGUCAUUAG